AUGUGUGUUGGUAGUUGGUCUCACCGGUGUUACCGUAUGUCUGAUAUCAACAUUGUGGUCUCUCUACGGUCGAGCAGAUGGAAGUUUUGGUGGAAGUAUGGAGAGAUGGCAGUAUCUAAUUGGUUACUUGGGAUCAGAGAGAAUAGCUUAAGCUUUUAUAUGGGAUACAUGUAUGUACACAGUUUUCAGCCAUGGUUGAUUGGAGAGAACCUGCAAAAUGUGAAGAACAACAAGGUUGAGUUAGUGAGUUAUCUUAGGUUUGUUCAUGUUCUUGGUUUGCUUGCGUAUCUUCUGUUUCUCAACCUUGACGAGAAAGAUCUUGUUAAUUAG